AUGACGUCGCAGGCCAAUCCGCAGGCUCUCAUCGAGCAGCUACGGCUCUUGACUGCCGAUCCCAGCGCCUACUUCCAGGAGGAUGCACAGCAACGUCAGUUCCAGAAGCUGGCGCGGCAGGCAGCGACUGCUGUAGAAGAGCCCUUUGAGACUAUGCAGCGUUUGGUGUAUGGCCCUCUACCGCUGGUCGCUGCACGGAUUGGUCAAGAUCGGGGCAUCUUCGAGGCUCUUGCUAAGAGCCCAGAAGGAGCAGCGCUCGAUGAUGUGGCCCGGGUGAGCGGGUUACCCAAAGCUGUGCUCGAGUCCGUCCUGGACUACCUCUGCACGCAGGACAUGGCUCUCGAAUCGCAGCCAGGGAUAUACACACCGACGCCGCUAACGCACAUGCUUCUUGUGCCGCUCUUCAACGAUGCCGUUACUCAUUUCCACGAUUCUUGCCUGCCUGCCUUCUCCGCCUUGAACAGAGUCCUUGGCAGUUCAGAGCAAGGAAAGACGGCCUUCAAGGUCGGACAGCACAGCGAGGAAGACUUGUACACAUGGCUGGAAUCACAUCCCGUCCAGCAGGGCGCCUUCCGCCGGUUCAUGGAAGCCCAGUUCGCGGCCUUGCCUACGUGGCUAGACGCAGUGUCCUUCGACACCGAGGUAGCGAACAGCUCGCAACCCAAGGACGUUGUAUUCGUCGACGUCGGCGGCGGCAAUGGCGCGCAGUGCGCCGCGUUAAAGAAAGCCUUCCCCAAGCUCCAGGGCCGGAUCAUCCUGCAAGACCGGCCAGCCGUGCUCGAGAAAGCGCUGCAAGUCGCCGGCAUGGAAACAAUGGCCCACGACUUCCUAACCGAGCAGCCCGUCCACAACGCACGCGCUUACUACCUCCGCCAAAUCCUGCUCAACUACGACGACGACACGUGCAUCCAUAUCCUGCAGAUGCACCUCCCAGCCCUCCAGCACAGCCCGGACAGCCGCCUGUACAUCAUCGACAAAGUCCUCCCGGACGCCAAACCACCCGCCACCGCGCCAGGCACCGAGUACACGGCCGCCCUCAGCCUGGCUACCAAGGCCGUGUUUGACGCGCAGGAGCGCCGCGAGAAGCACUGGCGCUGGCUCGUCGACCAGGCUGGGCUGGACGUGCUGGAGAUGAGGAGGUUCACGCAGUUCAACGACAGUGUUAUUGUUGCUAAGCGGCGGGUGCAGGAUCAGUGGCGGUAA